UGCCACUGCAGAUAUGUAGAAAGGGACCUCCUCUGGCAGGGGCAUAAAUCCACCAGCAAUCACACCGCUCCGGGGGGAAGAGGUGUCAGAGGAACCUGCCCAAGGGGGGAAAGCACCGGAGGGGUGGCACACGCCAGGACGGAGACAACAGACGCCGUGGAAGCAGUUUUUCAACAUGAAGCGGGUAGCAGAUCUUCUCUGUUUGUUGGUGUUCCUCACGGCAGUGACUUGUGACCGGGUCUACGUCCACCCUUUCUAUUUGUUUUCUUUCAACAAGAGCACCUGUGAGGAGCUGGAAAGCCUGGUCCAGGAGGGAAAGAAAACUUUUGUCCCCGUUUCCAUUGAGUCCCAAACCACACCUGCCUACGAAGAUGACCUGAAGGACAAAGACAAGCUGGAAGCCCCGAGCCUGAGCAGCCGAGGGAGGCAGAAACUGAGCUUUGUGAAGGACUUUGUGUAUGUUCUGGGGGUGCGGUUUUACAGAGAGCUGCGGGAAGCACGGCGGGGCCAAAACGUGCUCCUGUCCCCAACCAGUCUGUACAGCUCCUUGGUGUCUUUCUACCUGGGCGCCUCAAACCAGACGGCAACUGAUUUGCAGAGUUUGCUGGGAUUUGUUCCCCCCUCUGGAGACCCUGACUGCACCUCCAGGGUGGAUGGACACAAGGUUCUUUCUAGCCUAAGGAUGAUUGAAAGCCUCGUCAAGAGCGGGGACGAGGAGCUGCUCUUUUCCAAGACGUUGUGCCUGUUCUCUGCCCCCGGAGUCCCUCUCUCCGAGCAGUUCGUGCAGGACUUGCUCCCCUCGGCGGACACUCUCUACGCCCGAGCGGUGGAUUUUACAAACCCAGGCGAGGCAGCAAAGCAAAUAAGUGCCUUUGUGGAGGCCAGAAGUGAGGGCCGAAGCAAGUGCUUCCUGACGGACAUCGAUCCAUCGGCCGACCUGCUGUUUGCGGUGGACGUCCGCCUGGCAGUGAAUCUUAAGCAAGCCUCCCGUCUCAAAGAGCCCCAGGAAUUCCAGGUGGAUUCAGACACGAAGGUCUUGGUCCCUAUGUUGUCAGUCACGGGGACAUUCAAGUACAAAACAGAUGCCAGUGGGACUUUCUCCGUGGUGGAGGUCCCCAUCAGCAAGACGGCGCUGCUGGUGCUGCUGCAGCCCAUCAACGGCAGCGACCUGGAGCACGUGGAGUCCACGCUGCCAUUGCAGUCCUCAGCCUGGCUUCAGCAGCUGUCCCCGAGAGAAAUUAAAUUAACGCUGCCGGAGUUGACAAUAGAAGGCAGCUCUGACCUACAGAAGCUUCUUGCAGAUAUGGAACUGCCUGCACUGCUGGGGAAGGGGGCAGAUCUCAGCAAAAUAAGCGACACAAAUCUAACAGUUGGAAAGGUAAUAAAUACAGCCUUUUUCAAAUUGACCAGUGAUGGAACAGAUCAGCCAGAAGACCCCACGGCCCAGAAGGAAGAUGUGGUGUUCCUGGAAGUAACACUGAACAAGCCAUUCCUUUUCGCUGUUUUUGAAGAGAAGUCAAUGGCAAUGCUUUUCCUUGGCAGAGUAACAAACCCACUGCACGGGGCUUAAAUGCAGGCACCAGGGAUGGGGAGGGAGAGGAAUGACACACAUUUCCCAUCACCUUUUUCUUACUCAUCAGCUGGUUUUAUGAUCUUGUUGAGUGCUCUACUUAACUUUGAGAUGAAGCAGGUAGUGUCUGAGAUACAGCUUUUUCAAAGCUAAAACACUGCAAUAUUUCAUCCUUGUUCACCUAUUUCACGAGGCGACUCAAACUCUUCCUCCAGCAUCUCUUCUCUCCUUACUCCCACUUUCUUGUCUCCCCCUUUCUGGCCGCAGAUCCCAUUUUUGAUGCAGGGAGGACAAAGUAGUAGCCAGAAGGGCAUUGACUUAAAUAGUUUUAUAAGCACAAGCAGCAUUUACUACGGCAAAACUACAGGAAAAGACCUCUUCAUUCCUUGAGGUCACUUUUUUCGUUUUUAGUUUGGUCAGCUUUGCAAGAGAGACCCCCUUUUAUGUUACAGUGAAAGUUUUACAGUUAUCCACAGAGAUUUCUAGCUUCAUCAGCAAUAUUUCCCUUUGAAAUACUGCCAGCAGCAUGGGCAGGCUUUGCUUGUCCCACUGAGACAAGAUUUUUUGCCUUGGAAGCAAAAACACAUUUAGAGGAAGUUUCUUCUUUCUGCAGCCAGAUGGAUACAUUCAUUUCUUAACUCUAUGGAAAAGCUAAAAAUAGGGUUUGGUACCAUUAAUGAACUGUGAUGGAUAAAUUCCCAUAGCCUGACAGAAGUAUCUCUGACUUCUUUUAGGAAAAGAAAAAAAGGCCUACUAUUCCAAUACAAUUCCAUUCCUUGGAUUACUUUCUAACCAGAGAGGCAUUUAUUACAGAUUUAUAGAAAAAGAACAUUACUGGUUAGAGCCCAGAUCUGUAAACUUUAACAUAUCCAACUUAAAAAAUAGUAUUAAUGGCAAUAAUCUAUAUUAGUAUAAAUGGUGGAUAUGCUGCUACACAUGAAUAAAAAGGUUUCAGUGGUCCAAUCCAACUCCUAACAGAGUCAUAAAGGUUCGAAACGUGAAACUGGAACAACAGAUUAUUAGACAGCUCUUGAAUUAGGACAUGAGGAAUUGGGAGUGAACUCUUCAUACUAAGGAAAGCCUCUCAGUGGAACAAGGAUAUUCCACCUCUCAUGUCUAGAUUUGGCUUUAGCACUGAUGGCGUUUAGAAAAUAACUGCAAAAGUCUUUGGUACAUGAUUCAAGAUGUAUCCUACAGAGCAUGGUAGCUCAUUGCCAUCCACAGUGGCCCAAAUGUCUGUCUAAUCCAAACCCACUAAUGGCAGAAGCUUGCUAUCGUUCGUGUAGAUACAUGAUGGAUCCUUCCAACUCACUCUCGAGAAUACUAGGGUUUCAAGUGCUAUGAUACAGCAUCCAUGUAUUUAACUGAUUAUACUCUAUGUAUUCCAGAUGCUCUAAAAUCUAAAUACUGUAUGUUUAUUAUAUACAGAAGCAAUUAACUGUAAGUAUGCAGAGGCGGAAAGAUGCAAAUAAAACCAUUUCUAAAUUGCUUUGCCACA